AUGACGUCCGAGGGUGGUCCACAAGUCAUUGUAAUUGAUAGGGAUCUUACUCUAAUGAAUGCUGUUGGCAUUGUGUUCCCUGAGUGUUAUCAUCUUCUAUGUUGUUUCCACAUUCAAAAAAAUGUGCAGGCAAAGUGCAAAAUGCUAGUAAAUUCUGUUGAUGCAUGGGAUGUUGUAUUGCAAGCCUGGGAGAAUGUCAUGGACUGUGAAGAUGAAUUAAAGUUCAACGAGUGUGUUCAUCGUCUUGAGCUUGUUUGCCAGCCAUGGCCUGUAUUCUUUGAAUAUGUUAACGACUCGUGGAUCAUUCUUUACAAGAAAUUCUUUGUGAAGGCAUGGACGAACAAAGUUAUGCAUUUGGGGAAUACAACAUCAAACAGGGUUGAAUCUGCUCACUGGAGUCUGAAGAAAGUUCUUGGAAGUAGUAUGGGAGACCUUUGUUCGUGUUGGGAUGGAAUUCACAACGUUAUUAUCUUGCAACAUAACGAAAUUAAAUCGUCUUUUGAAAGAAUUAUAAAUCUUAUCAGUGACUCUUACAAGGCAUUGAGUUAUAGAAGAUUAGUGGGAAAUAUUUCUAGAUGUGCCUUAGAACUCCUUGCUCAAGAGUUGGAAAGAGUAAAGAAGAUUGGAUUCGAUAGUAGUCGUUGUGGCUGCAUUCUCAGACAAACUUAUGGUCUACCAUGUGCGUGUGAAUUAACACGAUAUGAUCCUGGGAUUAUUCCUCUCCAAGAAAUUCAUGUGAUGUGGACUAGGUUGAGCUUCUCCAAUGUCUCGUCUUCACAAUCUGAAGGGCAAUUAUCUAUUCAGAGGGAGGUUGAUCUACUGCUUAAUCUUUUCAAAGAAGUUGAUAUUGCAGGAAAAGUGACCAUAAAACAUAAAUUACUCGACAUAGUUUGCCCUUCCAUGACAUCGAUGUUACCACCACCGAGUAAAGUUAAGACGAAAGGUGUAGCUAAGAGUCAUAGAUCAAAGAAGUCAACCAAACGUGAUCCCUCCUAUUUUGAGCAUGUGGACGCCUUCAUUGAGUCCUCAAGACAAGACACAUGUGUUGCAAAAACAGAAAACAAGCUGAAGAGCAAACGUGUAAUUGAAGAGAAAGUAAUACCCAUGCUAGAACAGUUCAAUCAUGUUUUUCAUCCUUAUAUACUCGAUGUUGUCGAUGUUGUGGCGGACGGUCAUUGUGGAUAUAGAUGCAUUGCUGCAUUGUUGGGUAUGGGUGAGGAGUCAUGGCCUCUAAUCAGACAUGAUCUAUACAAAGAACUUAGUCAAUGGCGAGAUGAAUAUGCAACAUUAGUUGGAGGCUAUGAUCGUCUGGAAGAACUGAGAAAGUCUUUGCUAGUUCAAUCACCAUCAGGGGCUAAUCGAGACAAGUGGAUGACUAUACCAAACAUGGGGUAUGCGAUUGCUAAUCGGUAUAAUGUAAUCCUCGUGUGCUUGUCAUCAGUUCAGAAUUUGACGAUAUUCCCACUUCGUACAUCCCCACCUAUUUCGCAAAGUCAACAUCGACUAAGUUGUAUCGGACAUGUUUACAAUUCUCAUUUUGUGCAGGUUCGUCUACAAGAAGGUUGUCCAUUACUGACAGUGGAUAUCAUAUCAUCUAGCAAUUGUUACCCAAAGGCAAAAGGGUGGGCAUCAUUUUAUAGAGAUAGGAUGCAAGCAUUCCUAGAUUUACACAUAGUGGAUCGUAGUUAUGUAGAUCUCAUGGAAGACUGA